GGAGGUCGUCUCAGGAUGCGCUCCGGAACGUUUCUCAUCCGUCUGGACACGGGCUCACCGGGGAGACCCCAUUAUCCUCAGCCCGUAAACAUUAAGCGCGGCGUCUCGCCGACGGAUAUCUGUUAAGAAUGUACGGUGUAUAUCGUGUGCCACCGUGUCGCAGCAAGAGGAAGGGAGAGAGCCUCGGUACCCGGCUACUCAUCGAGAUAACGGCCGGAACAUCCACGUUGGAUAUCGCGCGAGUAAGACCUUGCGUAUCUUCAACUGCCAGGGAAGACGGAACACUGUCGACGAUUGUACAAUCAAAAAUAGAGGCGCACUUGGCUUUAAUUAUCGCGCGAGUAACGGUGUGAAUUCGCAGACCAAGACCGGUUUGAGAGAAGAGCGAUUGGUGCAGCACUGUGCUAUCCCGUCGGAAUUUCAUUUUCAACGAGUAAAAAAAGGUUUUUACAGAUAAGUGUAGCACUGGAAAUUCGCGUAAGAAUGUUAUUUUACAUUUAAUAAACGAACAUAUUUAAAGACUUGACAUUGAAAAUGGAAAUAUCGACCAUUGCUUAAGUGCGAUAUUGAAAGCAAACUGGCGCGUGUAUAUGUAUCUAAAAAAUAUAAAGGACAACUGUCUUUGUAUAUGAAACGUCGCUUGCCAUUUGAAAACGAAACUUUCCACAUAGCAACUUUGUAACCUUAAUAUAUGCACGUAACUGUUAUCGCGUCGGCGUAACGUAUUUACGAGAGGAAUCGUAUGUAAGGUCGUAAAACAUAUCGGACUAUUGACUUUGCAAAUGACUGGCAGUACGCUCUUGUCUCUCGCAGCAGCUUAAUCGCACGUCGAUAGGAGUAAUUCGACUCGGAGUCGGCACACAAGUUUAAAAAAGACGUUCGUGGAGGAGGAAUCUCUGGAUGUCAUCGUACCGGGUGUCGUCUCUUCGUCAGUGAUACACUUUGAUAGUCGUCAUCAAGCUGGGUGCGCGAACGAAAGCGAAGAGCGAAGUCGCAUAAAAUUCUGAAGCUAGUGAUGAUAAUGUAUCGAUAGGAAAAAACAAACGAUACGAAAACAGUAACACUGACGACGGUUUGAAACGUGAUGAUCAUCGAUGUUGUCGACUCAUUAACCGAGGUCACAUUGAAUAUUCAAAACGAUGGAGAUACGCGUAAGAUACUUGUUCGCUAUAAUGCUAUGCAUUGCGAAUAUGAUUAUUUACGGUCUGAAGGUGAAUAUCGCGACGGCUAUUAUCGGUAUGGUGAAAAAGAAAAAUGGCGCAGAAGAUUGGUCGAAUGAAUGUCCAGAAUUUGAUGCUGAAUUUGAUCCACAAAAAACUGACAUUGAUGGUCCGUUCGAUUGGUCGUCAAGAGAGCAAGGCCUGGUCAUUAGCAUUUAUUUUGCCGGAUAUCUCGUCGGUAUGUUUCCGUCGGGAUAUUUGGCGGAUCGGUUCAACACCAAGUUCGUAUUGCUAUUCUGCGUACUGGCGAACGGGGUCUUAACGAUAUUGGUACCGGUUUCCGCGAACUCACUGUACGUACUAUACUUGGUGAGAUUUUUAACCGGCCUCGUGAGCGCGGCGAAUCUUCCUAUAGUGAACGUUCUCUUGGGCACAUGGGUUGUGUACGAGGAGAAGAGCACGUGGGUCGGUAUCAUAUACGCCGGCACGUCGCUCGGCACCGUGGUAUCUAUUCUUACCUCGGGAAUGAUAUUAAAUUUCGUGGGCUGGGAAGCUAUUUUCUACAUCCACGGAACGUUACCGUUGAUUUGGUGCAUCGUCUUUUAUAUAUUUUUCGCCGGCUGUCCGGAAGAGCAAAAGUACAUAUCGGAGCAGGAGAGAUCGUUCAUCGUCAAUUCGUACGGCCAUCGUACGCCCGGCUCCGCGAAGAUGGAGAUCCCCUGGAAGAGCAUAUUCACGUCGGUGCCAUUUUUGGCGCUAAUCGCCACUAAUACUCUAGGCAACUUUUGCUGGUACUUCUUACUCACCCAGUUACCGCUUUACAUGAACAAGAUUUUGCGAUACGAUAUCACAUCGAACUCCGCUAUUGUCUGCACGCCAUAUCUCGUAAAUGCCUUCACUAAUCCGCUAAUCGGAAGAGUUUUAGAUUGGGGACGGAAAAGGGGAUAUUGGUCGCAGACGGUUGCUCGUAAAAUUGCGGUAUUCAUAAGUACUAUACCGCCUAGCAUUUUUCUAGUUAUUAUCGCGUACAUUGGCUGCGAUCGCGUGACAUCGACCGUGCUGCUAACUUUGAGCAUAGUAGUCUGCGGUGCUAUAUUCGUCGGUCACCUUUGUAAUCAGAACGACCUGGCCCCGAAUUAUGCGGGAAUUCUCAUGGGCAUCACAAAUACCCCGGGCACCAUAUCCGCCUUUAUCCUGCCGCCGAUAGUCGGUGCCCUCGUAGCGGAAGGACACACUAUGGCGCGUUGGAGAGUCGCGUUCUGGAUCACGAUUGUCGCCCAGGUUUCAGCAUUCGUGAUAUUUGCGAUUUUCGGAUCGGCCAAAAUUCAACCGUGGAAUUAUCCGCCUGCGGAGGUGGAAGAUUGGGACGCCGACGAAGGACAACAGCAACAGCAGCAGCAACAAGAAACGAAAACUUAGAUUGAGACUAUUUUCGCAUAGUCACAUAUUCUCGUAGUCUCCUUAUUAAAUAAUUCAAAAACAUUUUUCUUUUUACAAAAAAGAACCUAUCUUACUAAAAUGAAAAACUAUUGCAAGUUAGAUGACAAAUUAUGCUAGUAUAUUAAGAUAAUUUCUUACAAAAGACAUGUGCGUAUGUUCGCGAUUUCGACUAUCUAUGACGACUCAUAUAUUUACAUAAAUUUUUUUACUCGACGUGACAUUGCCAUCAUUUUUUUGAUAAUUUUAUUAAUAUUAAUCAGUAAAUCUAUACUCUGUAUAUCUAUGUAUGUUUAUGUGUAACUCCACUACUGUUUAUAAUAUUAUAUAAAUGCCU